AUGACUGAAGACCUCCAUGAUAGACAGAUCCGUAGUUUGGCCGAAAGUAUCCUUUUGAAGAAUUAUAAGGUCACAUUCUUCUUAGGUGCUGGGGUGUCUACGGCUUCGGGGAUCCCGGAUUUCCGUAGUCCAGGAACAGGGAUCUACGAUAAUUUGGCCCAAUUCAAUUUACCAUAUGCUGAGGCGAUAUUUACCUUGGACUACUUUAAACAGAACCCAGAACCCUUCUGUGUGUUGGCGGAAGAAUUGUAUCCUGGUAACUACCGACCCACGGUGUUCCAUUGUUUGUUGAAGCUUUUCGAAGAUAAGGGUAUCCUUCAACGAGUAUACACCCAAAACAUCGACAACUUGGAAAGGGUUGCCGGUGUAUCUGAUGAGUUUAUUGUUGAAGCACAUGGUUCCUUUGCAGAGGCACAUUGUGUCAGCUGUCGCAAAAGCUAUACGUCGCAAGAAGUAUGGAAUAAGCUUAUUGAUAAAGCUGGGUCUCACAAGGGUAUACCCCAUUGUUCAUGUGGGAACUACAUUAAACCCGAUAUAGUCUUCUUUGGCGAGGCAUUACCCCAACGUCUUUUCAACCAAUGGGAUGAAGAUGUGGAUGAUGUUGAUGUUGCAAUUGUGGCUGGAACGUCCUUAACUGUGUAUCCAUUUGCGCUGCUACCCAGUGAAGUACCUCGUAGAACUAGACGAAUGCUUGUAAAUUACGAAAAAGUUGGUGAUUUUGUUAAGGGUCGGAGAACUGACAUAUUUAUAUCUGCUGAUUGCGAUACGAUAGCCAAUAAGCUUGCGGCAGCUUUAGGCUGGGAGCAGGACUUGAAAGAUUUGGUUGAGAAGGUUCUGGAAACUCAUAAGGAAUAUAAGCAAAAGAGAAAGAAGGAACAAGACGAAGUGAAACCUGAUGAUGUUACGAAAGAAACAACCAAAGAAGCUGAUAAAACAGAGGCUAAGCAAAAACCCAAGCAAGAUAAAGCCGAGACUAAGCAAGCUGAUGAAACAAAUUCAAAGCUAGAUAAACCAGAGCUGACUGAUGGUAAAUCGUCUGAAGAAAUCGAGGAUAAAUUAUCGAAAUUGAACCUUUAA